UCUGCGUACGUUUGGCUUUCAUUUGUGCUGAGAUCGUUGAACGGUUCACUGCGUUAACGGGAGCGCGCGCGCGAGACGUGUUCGAGUUCGGAAAUGCAAGUGUGUUCAAAAAUUAUAGUAAAUCAAUUAAAAACUUUGUGAAUAAAAGUCUUUAGGCUCAGCACUAUGGAACGUGAUAUUGUUUCGGGCAUUUCUUGUGGUCAGUUUAAGGCUAAGCUAACGAAGCCGUCGCCGAAACCCUUUUCUAUUGAGAGUCUAAUUGCCAAUCAAACACCCGUCGCAAGGGUCGAAUCCGAACCAGCAGAGUUGGAGCAGGAACAAGAACGUGAAGAGGAUAGGCAACGCGAGCUCAGCACACGUGCCAUGGCUUUAGGAUUAACACAGUUUCCACUUUAUAAUCCCUGGCUGCAUGGAUAUUUCGCCCAAAACCACGAACGCCUCAGCCACUUGAUAUCCGGCGGCUGUUAUCUAGCUGCGCCGCUAACGGACAAGGAACCGCCAGCUCCACCGCCACCGCCGCCGCCACAACUUGCCUUAAACCCCUUGAGCCUCAGUCCGCCCAAGCCGAAUGAUGCCGAGCUUGCCUAUCAGCAGCGCCUGCAAGCCCCACAUACGCUCGAUGCGCGUUUCCUCCCACUAAAUGCUGCCACGCCCAAUGAUCUAAGCUAUCGCCGUCUUGCGGAGCUUAUGAACCAGGACUAUGUGCACAGCCUGGGCUUGCAUGCGCGCCUACAACAUAUGGUGGCAGCCCGAGCUCAGGAUGAAAGUCAAUUGCACGCGCAAAUGUCAUUGCCGCCGCCACAGGAGUUGUCACAAUCAUCGCCUUCAAAGUCACACAGUCCGGUGGAGCCAGCGCUGGAUGUGGGCAUGGAUGAGGACUUUGAGUGCAGCAAUGAUUCCUGCAGCGAUAUUAGCCUCACCAUGUCGCCAAGAAAUUAUAAUGCAGAAUUGGAUAAAAGUCGCAAUGGUGCUUAUACCAACUCGGAUUCAGAUGACUGCAGUGACGAUGGACGCCAUGAGUCGGGAUCAGGCAGCAAGGAGUCCCAAAGCGGCGGCAGCAAUAGCUCGAAAUCGCGUCGGCGUCGCACGGCUUUCACCUCGGAGCAGCUGCUGGAACUUGAGCGCGAAUUUCAUGCCAAAAAGUAUCUCAGCCUGACCGAACGUAGUCAAAUUGCCACUAGUCUCAAGCUAAGCGAAGUGCAGGUAAAAAUCUGGUUUCAAAAUCGUCGCGCCAAAUGGAAACGUGUCAAAGCGGGCUUAACCUCACAUGGAUUGGGCCGCAAUGGCACGACCAGUGGCACAAAGAUAGUGGUGCCCAUACCUGUGCAUGUGAAUCGAUUUGCGGUGCGCUCACAGCAUCAGCAACUGGAGAAAAUGUGCCUCAGCGGACCCAAGCCGGAUCUGCGCAAGAAGCUAGCGACGGAGGAGACGCUCAGCGGUUUUGAAAAGUUCAAUGCGGCCACAACUGCUGCCGCAGCAGUAGGUGUGGGCGUAGGCGUGGGCGUGGGCGUGGCCAUGGGAGUCAAUAUGCCAGUCAAUAUGGGUGGACUAACGCCCAAUGCCGCCGGCUCUUUGACCUUAGCGCGUAGUAUUUACUAAGAAUUUUUGUUACCCCCCAGCACCCCGCGUUUCCAAACUUGAGUUGAUUUUGUAUAUAAGCUGUCCCAAUUCCUUCUACUCAAACCUAAAUCCUUGGCUGAAGUGUAGACACAGCACUUUUUGUAA